ACGCUACGAUUUGCAGAUAUCAUUGUGUGCCCAGCUACGACCCAGCGUCAGAAGAUGAAGCAGCCUGUCACCAUGCGACGGGCAAAGUACCACACAGCGUAUGAGUUCGGCUGGGAGAGAGGCAGAUACACUAACAAGUCGGCGGGGUGCACCGUCCUGCUCCGUUCACGAGUCUUCAGACGGUGCCAUGUGGUCGACGCCCGACACCCUCCUGGAGAGCUGGCUGGACGUGGUGGAUUGGUGAGAGUACGGUCUGGAGCCUUUGACAUCACCAUCAUUGCUGCAUAUUUCCCGCCACAGAGCAACAUGACGGCCGACCAUUGGAGGCAAUGCUGUCGCAAGCUAGCUGGAUGGUUGCACAAGUCGGUGCAGGAGGCCAAGCAACGGUCGCUCGUCAUUGUCGGCACGGACUGCAACUGCGGGUUCGGCCUCAGACGCACUGGUCACGGCAUCGCGACGACGACGGUGGACCAUCAGCACAUCGGCCAGCACGGCAACCACUUCGAGAAUGAGGUCUCCCUGGAGCUGUGGAGGCUCCUGGAGAUGGAGAACAUGGCCGCGGUGGACACGUUCUACCCAGUCGGCCCCUCGUACUUCGGCACGGAGUCGCAGAGCUCGCCUGAUCACAUCUUUGUCCCGUCCGAGGCGGUCGCGUCUACUGUACGGUGCUGCGCGUUGCGCAAUGCCAUGCGGGACCUCCAGGCGAUGCCAGACUGUCGCCCGAGAGAUCAUGCACCUAUACUGUGGCAGGUACGGUGCACCUUGCAGGCGCCACCUCCACCCAAGGGUGGACCUGUGUGGGACAAGGACCUAGUCGUUCGCCUCCUCAGACACGAUGGCUUUGGUGCUGAGAUCCUGGGGGAGCUCGAACGUCGGUCGGCCUCGCACUUGAGGGAGUGGGAGCGGGACACGACUCGCGCUGAUCCCAGUCACUCGUGGGAGAAGCUGGUGGAAGACGUGCGGGCUGCUGCACUUCCCGAGCUGAUGAGGACGGCGAAGCAAGGCCCGCUGGCACCACACCUCGCCGCGCGGACUGAGGCCCUCCUGCAGCGCAGGCUGGCCAGAAGGGGCUGCUUCACAGAGGAGCAGCGUCUACAGCUUCGGACCAUCGAGAAGGACGUCAGGCUGCUCAAAAAGCGGCUAGACCUCGAGCACGUGGAGGAACUACUGACGGAGGCUGAGACCCACAGGUGCGCGGCCGACUACCAUGGAGUAUGGAAGCUCAUCUAUGCUAUCGGGGCUCGCUGCCGUGGACCCCGACAGAGGUAUUUCAACGCCCCUGACCAGUACCGACCUUCACUGGAUGAGUGGACGACCACAAUGUGCUCGAACGCUCGGGAGGGCGGCUUCAGCGCAACAGUGAUCGAGGACCCGAUGCAGCCCACUCGGGAGGCCAUGGAGGAGUUAGAGGAGGAGGGAUUGGACUACUUCCCUGGGGCUGCACCGGCGUCGCUCGCGUACGAUGACUGGUUUCGCACUCUGAGGCAACUGCGGAGUGCUGCCCGCAGGCAUGAGGAGGCGGUGAUGGAGAUCAGGGCGGGGGAGCAGGUCGGGUACUUCCAACCGAAGCAUGGGACAGGGAUGGGGGACGGCAAUGCCUGCGAGCUCUUUGUGCGCAGUUUCUUGAGGCCUGUCGAAGCCUGGCGAGAUGAGCUGGGCGCCGACAAGGCCACAGUCUUCUGCAGUAAGUUGAACGCCCAGGUUCCGCUCCACAGAGCUUCGUGUGUCAUGACGUGCAGUCUGACUAAUGAGAUGCAUGACGUGUCGGUUCGAGACUACGCCGACGACAUUCACCAAACGAUCCCGCUCGCCACCUCGAAUCCUCUCGAGGCCAGGUCCAGGGUCCUGAAGUCCAACGCCAUUCUCGAUCGGGAGUUGUCCAACGGAGGAGGGUUCGCCCAGAACCCUGAUAAGGAGAACUGCAUGCCCGUCAUGGUGGGCCCUGGUGCCCACACUGCGUCCCGUGCCCUCCUGUCCCUGACGGUUCCGCUUCCUGGGGUCACGUCGUCGGAGGGCCUGUACUUGGGAGGGAUGGAACAGCUGACGGCGGGGUGUGGAGCUGAGAUAAAGAGGAGGGUGGAGGCUACGAGGGCGGCGUGGAGGAGGCUCGGCAGGUUCUGGGACAUCACUCGCUCGAUUCGCCUCAAACGUCUGGCCUUCAAGGGAACGAUCCUGGCGGCGGCCUACUCGGGCCUCGAAUCGUACCUCCCCUCCAAGCUCGACCUCAGGAAACUCGGUUCCGUCGUGCAGGGCCUCGCUCGGGUUGUGCUCCGUGAUCGUCGUCCUGAAUUUGAGCAAGGCGCCCCUCCUGGUACCUGCCCGAAAUAUCGAUCUCUCUCGGAGGCCCAGGUGUUGAGGCAACUCAGGAUCACAGACUCAAGAGCGGAGCUUCUUGUGCGCCGCCUCAGACAGUGGCAACGCUACGCUCGUUAUCCCGAAGACAGUGCGCAGCCGCUCACCGUGCUUUUUGGCAGUCUCGACGGCCUCGGAGAAGAGCCGACCUUCAGAGAGGACGGCCGAGUUGCUAGCACCGCCAACCCGUGGGCCCUCCAAUUGGAGCGAGAUGUACAGGCGCUACGGUACCUUCGCGGAGGUAAGGAGUUCGUGGAAAAGUAUUCUGUUCGUGAUAUAUUUACGAGGUUCCAGAGCUCCGUGGACCCCCUCGUGGUGCCCAAGGUCCCAGUGUUGGCGCCCCAGAGGAUCCUGAUGAGUUUGUUUGCGAACUACCUGGAGAUGGGGAGGAUGGGAGGUCCCGCAGCGGAGACCGAGGCAGAGGCGCACGGCGAGGGCGUGGCCAACGCGCUGAGCCAGCUCUUCCAGAACGCCGACCUGACGUACGGGCUGCAGCGAGGCGACGUGAUGGGCCUGGGCGACGAGGCGUUCCCAGUCGAGCUGAUCCAGGCCAUCUUCCCCGUGAUGGUGCGCGCGACGCUGAAGAACAUACAGGGUCUCUCGGCCCUGGAAGCAGCCAUCUACCACAUCAUUCACUUGGAUCGGGAUCACGACGUCUGCAAGGCCAUGAGGAUCACAGCCAAGUUCUACGUAGACGAGGCCAAUCGCAUCCGCCGCGAGCACGCUCAAGAGAUCCGAGACCAGCAGCCAGUGGAGGACUUGGAGAAGCUGGGCGUGCCGCACCCCCACCUGUGGUUGGCGCUAGUGGGCGGAGUGGUGCAGCAGGGAGAACGCGUAGGAGCCGCCAAUCAUCUCGCCCUGAAGCAGUACCUCGACACCAUCAAAGCAGAUGGAACCAUCACGAACGACAGCCUGUGCAUGCAGAUCCGACACUGCAAGAUAUCGUAUACGCACGAUCGCAAGCUGAUGAAGAUACAUCUCGAGGCGCAGGGAUCAGGCGUGCAGACACAGUUGCUCGACUCCUUGAAGCAGCUCGGGGGAAAGCUAAUGAAGGGCACGCCACCUCGCACGCACCACGAGCGCUUGAUGCAGCUUUUCCUGGACAACGCAGAGACGAUCUAG